CACAACAGAGGGGGGAGAACAAGGGGCGAGAACAGAAGAGAGAGAGGCGCACACGCGUACGUGAUACCCGCAUCCGCUCUCAACCCUUUAAAUCUCUUGCUUGCCGAUUGUAGUUGUAGCGAUGAUUCAAGGAGAGAGGAUCUCUAUUUCAAGCAGGCUGGAGCAGGAGACGGGGGUGUCGUUCAUGCCGUCGUACCUGCGGCUGCUGCUGGUCACGCAGAAGUGGGAGCAAGCCUACGCGUACGUGGCGGGCCAGGUCGACCCGGCCGCCGCGAGCUCCAUGGCCGACGCCACCCUCCUCGCCUCCCCCGAGCUUCACCCAGCCCGCCGAGUCCUCCACACCUUGCGCUCCGACCCCUUCAAGGCGCGGAUUCAGUAUGGGCACAUCAGUCGUGGGGCAGUGGAGGCCGUCCUCAAGUGGGCUGCCAAGUGCCCUGAGCUCAACGCCAAGACUCUAUCACGGCCGCGUUGCCCCUUCGAUUAUACCUACGUCGUAUCUCUUGGUCCUAGGUUCUGGGAACGCGAGAGAAGGGGGAAGAAGAACAGAACUGGUCGUCGAAUCCCAGCACACACGCAUAAUUGCAUAUAGCUUUCGUAAAAACAAUGCAUAUAGCUAGAAACAUAUUAUAAGUCGCGAAUAAAUCGAUUCCUUAUUUAGUUUUCUGCAACAUGUGCUUCAACACUUUCUGCUAGUACAAUUAGUCCAAUUCAUGCUAAUACAAUCCAAAAUUUGAAAUGAUACUUGUUGCACUAGACGAUGGCCAGGAGGAUUCUGUGCCCUGGAUAACAAGGGAACGUUUCUGACUAUAUUGCUAAAUCUUCUCUGUUAGAAAUUUCACUAUUUUGUUACUUCUAACAUAGUUCACAUGUGAACCUGGAAUUUUAAAUAUACAUACAGAAAUGCAUGUCCAAAUGUUUUCCGAAUUUUCUUGUGACUUUUGACUGAAUUGCAUGGAUACUGCAAACCAAGAGUAGAUUUCACCCAGAAAGCUCUGGGGAUGUUCACUGUGAAUUAUGGCUUUCAGAGGAUUGGCUUGCGGAGAAGUAGUAAAGUCGAUUGCUUGCUGCAUUUUGGUUUUCUGGAUCUUAUCGGGGGCUUUGGCUGGUUCCUGACGAUUUUAAAGCAGAAAUACUCAAGUAAGCCUGAUAGAAUUGCUCUUUUUUUUUUCCUUUCCCUUUUCAGCACUGGAAGCCUGGAAGGUGCUGCUGAAGAGUUCAGAUCAGACUAUCAUGUCCAAAUAGCGGGACAAACUGCUCAGAAAGCUCACAUUUCCUCCUCGAGAUGUGAACUCGUAUAGGAAGAUACUGAUGCCAUCUAAUCUUAUUUGUUUUAGGCUUGUCUUCAUAUGUUAUCCUUGCUUGUUGGUUUAGAUUUACCUGUCGCAUUUCCUUAUCAGACGAAAAGACUGUGUGUGUCUCUGGGGUUUGAACCUUUUAGAUGAUGUGUUUCUGCCCCUAGCAGUUUUUAAGACUCUGUUUUAUUUUCUAUUUGGAUUUCUGAAAAACGGGUAAUUUUAGUCCAAAAAUAUCAGCAAUAAAAUUUUCUUAUUACUGAAAGUAA